UUUAUUUAGGUAAAAACUUUAGAUUGGGAAGGGUCUUCCAGGUUUGGAAAGAACAGUAUGUAAAAUGAUCCAGAAGUGUUACAUUCUGGAAAUAAUUCAGAAUAGCUGUGGCAAGCAUGCACGGAGUGGGGCCAGAGACGGGUAAAAGGAAGCAAGAGUCAAAGCUCAAAGGGCCCUUUGGACUUUAUCCUGAAGGCAAUGAGAAGCUGCUGUUCAGGGAUUUUGAGCAAAGGAAUGACAUGAUAAAAUUGGCUCUUUAGAAUAAUCUUUCUGACUGCAGUAUGGGGAAGAGAUUGGAGAAUGUAAAAUUUAUGUAUUAGUGGUUCUGGUAAUGGGGUAGAAAAGUUGAAAAGGCGGUGGCUAGUGUGAGAAGGAAGAUGAUGACUUCCAUUUGGGGGAUGAUAAGUUUGAAGUAACAGUGAAACACAGCAUGUGGAAAAUGCUGUAUUACACUCCACUUAGUAAACCAUUAUCAUGGGUGAGUUGAGUUGUAAGACAGACUUUAUUAUGUUGCUACAGUACUACAGGUGAGAUAUGAUUAGGAGCUAAGUGGGGAUAAUGAAGAGUACACAGAUUCAAGGGACACAUGGGAAGUACAAUCAACAGGAUUUGUCGUGGAAUGUGGGGCUUGGGAAGAGACAGGAGUCUAAUAAUAAAAAAAAAUUCCCAGGUUUCUGGCCUGGGUUACUGGGUAAAUGAUGAUGCCAUAUCCCAGAUUGAGAAUACAACUGGAAGAGCAAGUUUAGCAAGGAAGACAAUGAGUUCAGUUUUGCAGAAAGGUUGACUUGAGUUGCCUAUAGGGCACCCAAGAAUAGAUAACUAGUAAGAUACUGGAUUUAGUAGUCAAAGGGUUGGGGAAAGAAAUCAAGAUAGGAGAUACAGAUUUUGUGACUAAGCUAUGAAGAAAACACAUACUCUUCCCCUCAAGCGGCCUGAGGUGAUCUGUGAAAAUGGUUUGCUAUUCACUUGACCCAGAAAACCCCACAAAAUCAUGUAAGUUAAGAGGUUCAAAUCUUCGUGUUCACUUCAAGAAAACUCGUGAAACUGCCCAGGCCAUCAAGGGUAUGCAUAUACAAAAAGCCACCAAGUAUCUGAAAGAUGCCACUUUAGAGAAACAAUGUGUACCAUUCCGACGUUACAAUGGUAGGUGUGCCCAGACCAAACAGUGGGCCUGGACACAGGGUCAGUGGCCCAAAAAGAGUGCUAGAUUUUUGCUGCACAUGCUUAAAAAUGCAGAGAGUAAUGCUGAACUUAAGGAUUUGGAUGUAGAUUCUCUGGUCAUUGAGCAUAAGCAGGUGAACAAAGCACCCAAGAUGCGUCACCAAACUUACAGAGCUCAUGGUCGGAUUAAUCCAUACAUGAGCUCCCCCGGCCACAUCGAGAUGAUCCUCACUGAAAAGGAACAAAUUGUUCCAAAACCAGAAGAGGAGGUUGCACAGAAGAAAAAGAUAUCCCAGGCCGGGUGCAGUGGCUCACGCCUGUAAUCCUAGCAUUCUGGGAGGCCAA